ACUAGACCUACAACUCAGAGGUCACUGGAGGCAUCGUGAUCUGGGACCCACCUGCCAUGUACCAUUCCCAUCUCCCUCUCCCUCCCCUGUCUCCCUCUCCUACAAUAUACCCAGCUCCGACAUAAUGACCCGGAAUGAGCUCCAGGAGGAAGCCCAUGGGGUCUUGACGAGGAGCCAAGCGGCUGCCUGGGAGACCAAGAUUUCUUCUUUCGGGGGAGCAAGCGCCGAGUUCAACCGGGUUUCCAAAUUCAUUGAUAAUUCGCUAACAUGUGCAUAAGUUUCUGGUAGCUUUUGCACCGUUUCAUCCACAAUGAAGACAGCUUUUGUCAUAUGGUUGGUCCUCACUCUGUUCAUCCCUAAUGGGAUCUGCAAUAGCUUAGCUGCACGACCAUCUGUUGUGAAUAUUGGUUCUAUUCUUCGAUUCAACUCCACCAUCGGAGGUGUUUCAGCGGUUGCUGUCCAUGCAGCCUUGGAGGAUAUCAACUCCGACCCAACAAUUCUAAAUGGAACAACAUUACAAGUUGACAUGAGGGAUACAAAUUGUGAUGAUGGCUUCCUUGGCAUGGUUCAAGGUCUGCAGUUCAUGGAGACAGAUGUUAUUGCAAUCAUUGGCCCACAAUGUUCUACAAUUGCUCAUAUCAUUUCGUUUGUUGCAAAUGAGCUCCAAGUCCCUUUGAUGUCCUUUGCAUCUGAUGCAACUCUAUCAUCAAUCCAGUUCCCGUUCUUUGUUCGGACUGCUCCCAGUGAUCUCUACCAAAUGGCAGCUGUGGCGGCAGUUGUUGAUUACUACCAGUGGAAGAUAGUGACUGCCAUAUACCUUGAUGAUGAUUUUGGUCGAAAUGGCAUUGCUGCUUUGGAUGAUGCGCUUACCGCAAGGCGCUGCAAAAUUUCCAACAAGAUUGGAUUCAAUAGCAAUGCUAAAAGAAGUGAGCUUCUAAAUUUGUUGGUUACUGUUAGUAACAUGGAGUCUCGUGUUAUCAUUGUCCAUACUAGUGCUCCAUCCGGACUCCAGCUUUUCUCCCUUGCAAACAGACUAAACAUGGACAAUGGUUAUGUAUGGAUUGCAACUGAUUGGCUUUCUGCUUAUCUUGAUGCUAAUUCUUCAGUUCCUGCUGAGACUAUAUCUGGCAUGCAAGGUGUUCUGACUUUACGCCCACACAUCCCUAAAUCAAAGAUAAAGAGUAAUUUGAUCUCUAAGUGGAGCAGUUUAAGCAAGAAGUACAACCAUAGUGAACUUCGCAUAAAUGCUUAUGGUUUUUAUGUUUAUGAUAGUGUAUGGACAGUAGCCCGGGCUCUGGACGCCUUCUUUGAUGAUGGUGGGAGAAUUUCCUUUUCAAAUGACUCAAGGUUACUCGGUGAAACUGGGGGAACUCUUCACCUUGAAGCCAUGAGUAUUUUUGACAUGGGAAACAAAUUAUUGGGUAAUAUUAGAAGUGUAAACUUCACUGGGGCGUCUGGCCAAGUGCAAUUUGAUGCUCAGGGUGACCUCAUUCAUCCUGCCUAUGAUAUCAUAAACAUAAUUGGAAAUGGUGUGCGGACCAUUGGUUUUUGGUCAAAUUAUACUCAGUUGUUGUCGACCGUCCUUCCAGAGGACCUAUAUUCGAAGCCUCCUAAUACUUCUCUUGCCAAUCAACAUCUCUAUGAUGUCAUUUGGCCUGGGGAGACUGUGCAAAAGCCUCGAGGCUGGGUUUUUCCUUCUAAUGCCAAGGAGUUGAAAAUUGGCGUCCCCAACAGAUUUAGCUUCAAAGAGUUUGUCUCCAAAGACAAUGCUACUGGGUCAAUGCAGGGCUAUUGCAUCGAUGUCUUCACCCAGGCAUUGGCUUUGCUUCCUUAUCCUGUUACGUACAAGUUUGUACCCUUCGGGAGUGAUACUGAAAAUCCUUCUUAUGACAAACUCACACAGGCGGUUGAGACAAAUGAGUUUGAUGCAGCAAUAGGGGAUAUCACAAUUACAAUGAACCGGACUCAAAUUACUGAUUUCACCCAGCCCUUCAUUGAGUCAGGCCUGGUUAUCUUGGCUCCGGUUAAGAAGCAUAUAACAAAUUCUUGGGCAUUCUUGCAGCCUUUCACUUUGCAGAUGUGGUGUGUUACAGGGUUAUUCUUUCUUAUUGUGGGUGUUGUUGUUUGGGUUCUUGAACAUCGAAUCAAUGAUGAGUUUCGUGGCUCACCACGACAACAGAUAAUAACUAUUUUUUGGUUCAGCUUUUCAACUUUAUUUUUUGCACACAGAGAAAAUACUAUGAGUGCCUUAGGACGUGGUGUCUUGAUCAUAUGGCUAUUUGUUGUUUUGAUCAUUCAGUCCAGCUAUACCGCGAGUCUUACUUCCAUCCUGACCGUGCAACAACUUGAUACUUCUAUAAAAGGACUUGAUGACCUGAAAAAUAGUGAUUAUACUAUUGGUUUCCAAGUUGGUUCUUUUGCAGAAGAAUACAUGGUCAAGGAAUUGACCAUCUCGAGGUCAAGGCUAAAAGCUCUCGGUUCUCCAGAAGAAUAUGCUGAAAACCUCAAACUAGGCCCUAAUAAAGGAGGUGUUAUGGCCAUUGUCGACGAGCGCCCUUAUGUUGAACUGUUUCUGUCAACAUACUGCAAGAUUGCGGUUGCUGGCUCCGAUUUCACCAGUUGGGGAUGGGGCUUUGCAUUUCCAAGGGACUCUCCUUUGCAAGUAGACCUGUCCACGGCAAUCCUAGCACUUUCAGAGAAUGGGGAGCUGCAGCGGAUCCACGACAAGUGGCUCAAGACAGGCGAGUGUGCAGCUGAGAACGCCGGGUAUGUGGACUCGAACCAGCUCCGCCUUGAGAGCUUCUGGGGCCUGUUCCUAAUUUGUGGUGUGGCAUGUGUCCUCGCACUGCUCAUUUACUUCGGCAUCAUGCUACGCCAAUACCUGAGACAUGAACCGCCAGAAACAGCACUCUCCUUGGAGUCAGGGUCAUCGAAAUCGAAGCGAAGCCUCAAGAAAUUUAUCUCAUUUGUCGAUGACAAGGAGCCACCAAAGAAAAAGGGGUCCUCGAGCCUUUCACGAAGUAACCUUUCUGGUCUUGACAUAGAAAGGCCGGUGAGGUCAGUCAGGAAUGGUGGUGUUAUUGAUAUUUCAAACUAGUGCGUGUGUACAAACUACGAGGCUAACAAAUUAUUCGUUUUGGACCUGGGAUGCAUCAUCUUUGGGUCAAUUUAUGCAAUCUUAGUUAGGAAAUUAGAGUGAAAGGCUAUGUAGGGAAUUGUAUUUGUAGGUUUUUAGCGCCCCAACGAAGUUGUCUGGUAUGAGUUUGUUGUGUCAACUGCAAAAUUGUAUAGAGGCAACCGUUGCCGAUGAUGGUAUUAUGAAUUGAAUAUAUGUAUGUUUCAAUAUUUUCUCA